AUGGGUGAUAUUCUUGCAUUCUUCGGCGCCGGCCGGCCCCUGUUCCUCAGGCAGCCGGUGGAGGCGGGGCCCAGGCGGGCACCCCUUCCUCCCCCGCCGCCUGCCGAGCCCUUAACAGGUAACGGAGGAGGGGCGGCCGCCGAGGGGUCGGGCCGGGAUCUGCUUCCUGGGUUUCCUUUCGCUUCAGCGGGGGCAUCGCUGGGCCGGGCCGGGCCGGGCCGGGCGUGGGGCCCGCCCUGUGGCCGCGCCCUCUCCCCGUGCCCGCUGACGCCGCGUCCCCAUCCGCAGGUCCGAGCCAUGGGGCCGCUGUGCGGCGGGGCGGCGGGGCGGCUGCUGCGGGCGGCCGGGGCCGGCAGGAGGCUGCUGCUGCUCAGCGCCGCACGGAGCGGCGGCAGCCCGGCGGGAGGGAGUCCGGCUGUCCGCCGCGAGGCCUUGGCCGUCAAAAAGCGAGGCUACGACAUCACCAGGAACCCCCACCUCAACAAGGGAAUGGCUUUCACACUUAAAGAGAGGCUGCAACUGGGAAUUCAUGGCCUCCUGCCUCCCUGCUUCUUGAGCCAAGAUGUUCAGGUUCUCCGUGUCAUGAAAAACUACGAGAACAAAACGAAUGAUCUAGACAAGUAUAUUGUUCUUAUGACAUUACAAGACAGGAAUGAGAAGCUGUUUUACCGAGUGCUCACCUCUGACAUCGAGAGGUUCAUGCCCAUCGUUUACACCCCCACGGUUGGCCUGGCAUGUCAGCAGUACGGGUUGGCUUUCAGGAGACCACGGGGGUUGUUUAUCACCAUCCAUGAUAAGGGCCAUAUUGCAACAAUGCUAAACUCUUGGCCUGAGGAAAACAUUAAGGCUAUCGUGGUGACAGACGGAGAGAGGAUUCUCGGUUUAGGAGACCUAGGAAGUUAUGGUAUGGGUAUCCCAGUGGGGAAGCUGGCUUUGUACACCGCUUGUGGAGGAGUUCACCCACAGCAGUGUCUCCCUGUCCUGCUGGAUGUUGGCACAGACAACGAGGCUCUCCUGAGUGAUCCACUCUAUAUUGGACUGAAACACAAGAGGGUCCGUGGGAAACAAUACGACGAACUGAUUGAUGAGUUUAUGCAGGCGGUUACCAACAAGUACGGUAUGAAUUGCCUAAUCCAGUUUGAAGACUUUGCCAAUGCUAACGCAUUUCGCCUCCUCAACAAAUACCGUAACAGAUACUGUACGUUCAAUGAUGAUAUUCAGGGCACUGCUUCUGUUGCAGUCGCUGGCCUCUUUGCAGCUUUAAGGAUCACAAAGAACAAGCUCUCUGACCACAAGUUUGUCUUCCAGGGAGCUGGAGAGGCUGCAAUGGGCAUAGCUCACCUCAUCCUCAUGGCCAUGGAAAAGGAAGGAAUUUCACGAGCAGAUGCCAUCAAAAAAAUAUGGAUGGUGGACUCCAAGGGACUGAUAGUCAAGGGCAGGAGCCACCUGAACCAUGAGAAAGAAAUGUUUGCCCAGGACCAUCCCAGUGUGAACACACUAGAAGAGGUUGUGCAGAAAGUGAAGCCGACAGCAAUUAUAGGUGUCGCAGCCAUUGCAGGAGCUUUCACUGAGAAGAUUUUGAAGGACAUGGCAGCUUUCAACGAGAGGCCCAUCGUGUUUGCCCUGAGCAACCCCACGAGUAAAGCAGAGUGCACAGCAGAGCAGUGCUAUCACCUCACUGAGGGCCGGGGUAUAUUUGCCAGUGGGAGUCCAUUCUCAAAGGUUACCCUGCCUAAUGGUCAGACCUUCUUCCCUGGCCAAGGAAACAACGCCUACGUCUUCCCAGGAGUGGCGCUGGGAGUCAUAGCCUGUGGAGUCCGGCACAUCUCUGAUGACAUCUUCCUCAUCACAGCACAGUCUAUUGCUGCUGAGGUGACAGAGCAGAAUCUUGCAGAGGGAAGACUCUAUCCCCCCUUGAACAGCAUCAGAGAGGUAUCUUUCAAAAUCGCUGUCAAAAUUGUUAACUGGGCCUACAAGCAUGGUCUUGCUUCUUGGUACCCUGAGCCAGCAGACAAAGAAGCCUUUGUGAAACAGCUUGUUUAUAGUCCUGAUUACGAUUCCUUCGUUAUGGAUGAUUACAUGUGGCCUGCUGCAGCCAUGCAGACACAAGAUGUAUAAGUUGUUGUGAGAACUGCUUCCUCAUUUUUUCCAUCAGUUCCCAUGGUCCAGAUCAUUGAUGAUAUAAAUGAAUAUUAGGCUUGCGGAAUUAUAAAAAUAAUUGAAUCAAAGUACUUUUUUUUUUUUUUUAAUUAUUAUUUGCCACUGCUUUUUCUUUGUGGGAGCAUAUCAAGAGGGGGCAAAAUAGAGUCCACACUGGGAAGUCAGUAACCUGAGGAGAGACAGAGGCUAUGCUUCCAGUCCAUCCCAGUCUGCACUGCAGCUUUUGCCAUCAUUUAAAGCCCCACAGACACCAUGAAUAUUGGUGUUCUCUCUCCAGAUUUGUAAAUCUGUAGUCAUGUGGCUCAUUUCCUAAACAAGAGAUGCUCGAUGACUUCUUAUCAAGAAGAAGGAUCUCAUAGAGCACUGCUGUAUCUUCCAGAACUUUGGUCAGCCAGGAACGAUGUCACCAUCUGUGGUCAGUCAACCCCAGCAGAUGAUCCACACAACUGCUCACCUACUCCCUUGCAGUGGAGUGGGUGAGAGAAUCAGAUGGGUAACAGUGAGAAAAGUUGCAGGUUGAUAAGGCAAUUCUAUAGGUACAGCAACAGCUGUGUGUACAGGCACAGCCAGGAGCCAGCUCUUGUGUGUUCCUUGUUCUCUCAUUGCCUUCCUCUAUCCCUGCUGCUCCCAUCUUCUCCAUACUGUACCCAGAGUGUCUGAGGGACCCUUCCCCUCCAGCUCCUCCAAGUGCCAGCCAGGCAGCCAGGGGCUGCAGCACCAAACCUGUGUCCUUGGGAAAGAUGACACAGCCAGAAAUACUCUGUGAGAAGGUAUUUUUCUGCCAGUUGUGGCUGAAUCCAUGGUCCUUGGCCUCUGCAAGAGGGCAGCCCUGGGUGAGAGCAUGGCCAGGAUGGGAUUCUCUUGCCAGCAAAGGCAACAAGUUGUUGGGCUGCCCAGGCAGAAAACUUCCCACUGGUAGAGCUUGCUGGCCUUAGCAUUAACCCAUCCUUAGAAGCAGCAGAAGCUGCUCAGUGAGCACCUUCACCUGGUAAAUCCCUGCCUAAUCUGAAAAAAUGAUUCUCUGAAGCCUCUUCAACCACUGCCCGAAGCAAUCUGCGGGCUCAGGUGCCCUGGGAACAGUAAGGAUUCUGUCCAAACUCCAGGCCUAAGCCAUCCCCUCAAGGAGCCUCCUGCUAUCCCACCUCAUUUGGACAUUACAGCUGCCCAAAUUCUUAGCAAGUGUCUGAGCCCUGGGGCCAGAGACCUGUCCCCAGAGGCCACAUGCCUGACUGCCAGAGCCACGAGCAGAGGGGUGAUCAUGGAAAAGAAAACCCUUCUUGGUCCAGCAGAAGUCCAUAACUACCAGCAUAGGCAGACCCAAUUUUGUCUCCUGCUGGCAGAAGGCACUGUUUCCCUGUGCCCUGCCAGGCCCCAUCCUGUCAGAGAAUCAAAGAACCAUAGGAGUGGUUUGGGUUGGAAGGAACCUUAAAGCUCCAUCCCCGUGCUGUGGGCUGGUUG